GUUUUUAAUAGGCACGCCUCAUCUACUGAUAAGGCAUUUUGAUGCACACAACUGAUUUUGGAUUCGAAAAAAUUAAGAUACCUUCUUAGAUUCGUGUAACUAAGUCGUUACGACGAGUAUUUUUGACUGCGAAGCAAUUAAUCUAAACUUUUACAAAAACUAUUCCGUCGCUGUACACAAACGCGGAAAGAAAGAAUCGCAUUGAAACAAAAUGACGAAAAGCGGCUUGCUGCUCCUUUCCGCUGUGUGCGGAUUCCUUUCGACCACCUAUGCCGCCCUGAUUGACUCCCCGCCGGGGGGUGUGGAGGAGCUUUCGCAAGUGCUUCUGAAGCAGCUGCAUCGCGACGUUGAUUUGCGGCUGUUCCAUUGCACUAGCGGACCGAAUUACAGGUACUCUUUUUGGCGUUUUUUUCUUCCUAUCUUUUUCAUAAUGGGCAACUCAUCUCCUACUCUUAGUCGACAACGCUUAGGUAGAGGUACGCACAUACUCACACUUUAUGAUUUACGAUUACGGUGGUCGUGUAGAGUAGUAGCUUUGUAUCAAUACCACUGUCAAAGUAAAUCCAUCGUGGUUAGAGCGGCAUUUUUUCCUGCCCCCAAAAGAAAUUUAAACUCGCAGAUGCCCGGGCAAUAUGCCUGCCCGCGAGAAUCUGGUCGACCGCUUGGCCGAAGUCUUGUGGAAAGAAGAGAAGGUAUCGAAGCCACUGCAGCGCUUGCUGCAGUCCGCCACUGCAGAGGACAUCAGCACUACCCCCGCGGUCAGGGGAAGGGGCCAUGGGAAGAAAUACGGUAUCUACUUUGGUAAGUUUUCACGAACGAGAGCUUGUUUAACUCUGAACACGGCGAAGAAUAAAUGUUGAACGUACCAGGACGGUUGUGUUGAUGGCUUUUCAUCUGCACGCCACAGCAAUUGAUCUUCAGCAUUCUGCGUAAGUAGUUCAAUGAAAAUAAAACAGCGAACACCAAGAUUUUUCUCGAUCUGGUGAAGCGCAGUGCGGCGAAUCCGGUGACGAGUGGGCAGUUUGACUCCGACCAGCCGCUCACGUUCAAGGAGAGCGUCCAGCUCAGGUCUUUCUUCGAUCGGACUCUGUCCUGGGAAAAACAAAAGAUCCGUGGCUGGAACAGCCUGGUCGUGGGGAGGUCCACCUCUGUUGGCAGCUCGAGUUUCGGGUCGCUUCUCCACACAUCUAAGCACGCGCAGAUGUCGCCGAAGGUCACGUUCACCACGAAACUGUUCCUCUUCUUUCUCCGGUUCGGGCUUCUGCGCGGGUUGUCGUUCGAUUGCGACGGAACCCUGAUUCACAGCAUGGAGUGGUACUGGUACACGUGGGACUUAGGUUUGAAAGACUCGCUAAACCUGCCACUGAAUGGUGCAGCGGCCACAGUUGGUGUGGAUCUGCCGGAAGAGCACCGGUUCACCUACGAUUCGUUCAUGCGCGUCUACGGGGGGCAGAGCCCGCAGCGAAUCUUGCAGACGCUGGUGGAUCUGGGAAAGCCGGAGGAGCAAGAGGCAGAGCUGCGGGAGCUGAAUCCGAGAGAGUAUGAGAACCUGAUCAAGGCGAAGAACGAAAAGAUCGGGAAAGGCAAUUACAAGGACAUUUUGAACCGCCACUUAUGGAAAGGCAGAAAACGUAGAAUUUUGAGUCAAUUCACAAUUGCAUCUGUCGUUACUACAACGAAUGCGUUAAAUAACCGGCGCAGACUUGUAUGCAUAAUAAUUUUCCUAAAAACGGCAAGAGGAAUCUUUAUCUUUUCUAUUGAGUCGAGAUCAGAGAUUUAUAUAAGCAAUGCGACUCGCAUUGAGUCGCAAACCGGUCGCGGUUUGUCGCAUUGCUCGCAUUGCCCGCAUUGCUCGCAAAUCGCGGGGGUCUGCCAGCAGUUAGGUGCCCAGCGAUUCCGCGCCCGCCUUACUGCCUUGUUUCGCGAAUUUCCCGGCGGGGGCCUGGCCUGCAGGUGCAAGAUUUUUGCUCUUGGGUUCGGACUGUAGCUUGUGGAGGUCUCCCCGCUCUCUUAAUUGGGGGCGCAGUGCUUAGGUUUUAGAUUGUUUCUCAAGCGAACCAACAAAAACAACCCGCUACACGACUGAAGGCGGUCGUCGCGGGGCCCGCGUUAGAUGUAGCUAGGUUGGUCCGGAAACGAGAAGAACACGCAACCACGCUACCGCUGGGGGUAGGAACAUUACAUAAACACGGCGCCGAACUGAGGCCCAAAAGUGGGCACCCGCAGGCGAAGUCGCGAGGAGUACUCGCAAGACUUGCGACAGUUCCGCGCGCUCGCAACUCGCAAAGCGUCGCACCCCUGUCGCAUUGCUCGCAUUGCUCGCAAAUCGCGGCCGUCAGAUCCUUAUAUAAUUGCCUGCGAGAUUGAUGUUUUCUUUCCAUAUCCACCUGUCCCGAUGACUGAGCUCGGGGAAAUUCUGUACGGCUCCUCGGCUUUUAACAAGGACGGUCAGGCCGCGGGUCCGGUCGCAAAGAAGCCGCGAACCAGCGCAACCUUGUCGGGGGCGAGCAGCAGCAGCACAGGUUUUUCCCCCGUGAGCUUUGAUGACCUUUCCUUCGGCACGCGGCCGCAGGAGAUUAAGGGGGUGACCGAGAUCGCCAGGUGGUUGGACACCCAGUACAACAGGUUUGCCGCGAAAUCCCUCCCGAGCGGCCCGAUCCGGCUCGCCGUAGCCAGUUCCGCGGACCGGGUCUCGUUGCAAAAGCACUUGGGGCACAUCGGGCUGCUCGAGCAUUUAGAUUUGCUGGUCGGCAUCAAGGUGGGCGAGAAGCACGUGCUGGAGGCGUUCUGGCCGGGUGAGAGGUUCGCGAAAUUGUACCUGGACGGGACAAAGACAGCAACAGCAAAGCGUUCGUCGACUAGUAAGCAGAAGAGAAACUUCGCGACGAAUUUGAUCACCAGCAAGUUCCCGAGCGAGUUUGCGAAAAACCUCUUUCCAAAAGCCGGCUCCAUCUGGCAGAAGUCGAAGUUCGUGCGCUCGCAGGCCGGGUGGGAGGUCGAGUUCGAGCGGGACUCGGAGGUGUCGAAGCCGUCGAAGGAGCUGUUCAGCACCGCGGCGCAACUGAUGAAUUUGGAGCCCAAGUACUUGAUCGGCUUCGAGGACGCGCAGAACGGGAUUGAGUCGUUGGAAAAGGCGCAGUACCCGCUGAUCGUGGAUGUGACGAACUUCGUGUCCCACCCGGACAUCCGCGGUUUGGUCUUCUUUUUGAACGAGAUCAACGGCGGCCUGUUGAACCUCGUGUACGAAGUGAUCCGGCAAUACGACGGGUUCCACCAACUAUGAUAGUGGACAAUUUUCAUUUGUCCCUCGUACGCCUCGUUUUUUGCAGGGCAGUAGCAGCACCAGAAACAAGGUGUCGAUUUUAGCUCUUGCAUGAGAAAUUCAGGUACAGACACCAUUUGUAGUUUUCAGGUUUAUUUAGAAGCGUUUGGCUUUGGCAUGAACAUGAAGGUAAGAUGAGCAGUACCGGGGAGCAGGCAAUUGUCCAUUAUCAUACCGACUUGCCCUAGUUUCCGCCUUUGACGAGCAGACGACGGAUAAAAUUUUGGACACGUUGAGCAAGUUCAAGGGUGAAGAUUACUUCGAGAACCGUUACCGAGAGAAGCAGCCGCUGAAAUCCUUCUUCCAACGCAUUGUGUACAACGGCGAUGUUGUAGUUGCGACUGGCGGGGAGCAGCAGCAGGAAGCCGCUUCACCGACAGAGGAUUCGAUGAAGGCUAUGAAUUUCAAUUGCCUGUUCAGUUCCAUUCUACUCGAUUCCGACGCGGAUCUGAAGUCUAGCAGCGCGAUUUCCAGUUCCUCGUCCAGCAGCGACCACAGUGUCUUCAGCGCUGCCAGUGGCGGAACUGCCUCAGCGGGAGCCGGUUCUGCGGGGUCAUCGUCGUCCUUUUUGAGCGUCGACGUUGGACAGCGGCAGCAACAAGCUGCACAACGAGAGCUGACCGAAAAAGCUGCGGCUUCUGCGUACCGGCGGCGCAGCAACAAUUGCAAGCUGUACUUUCCGAAGAAUGCGCCAAAGUGGAGGAUCGGGGCGGACAAGGCCAUGCUGUUUGUCGACAAUGAAGUGGUUGCCGACCAGGGGAAAAAGUUCGGCUUCAAACAGGUCUUCGACGUGCGCAACGACCAAAAGUACUUGCAACUGCUGAGGAAAAAUACGGGAACAAUCUCGACGAUCAGCUCUAGCAGUCCUGCUAUAAUCGCAGCUCCCGUGUUGACCACGGGUCUGUCGAACCAAAAUAUGAUCACGCAGCUGUUGGAGAACCUGCACCGCGAGCGCGACGGCCAGCGGACCAAGCAGACGAAGAAAACCUUGGCGUUUGUCUUCGACAUGGACGGGACGCUGAUCGACUCCAUGCCGGUUUACUACCAGUUUAUGGAAAAAGUUCUGGAAAAGUAUUUCAGCGAAGAUGCUACUCAAAAUAAAUCCAACUCCGCUGCUGGUGCUCAAAAUGUUGAGCAGGCACAGUUGGCCGCGACUUCCAAAAGCCAAAGUUUCCAGAGUAAGAACAAGUAUUACCCGAGUUUACAAGAAUUUCUCACAGAGCUCGCGGGCAUGGCGCCGGUGGACAUCUGGCAAAAGGUGAUCGACAAAAAUUGCCAGCGGAAGAGCGAGCUUUGCAAACGUGGCCUGCCCUCGGCUGCGGAGCUUUUCGAAGAGGAGAAAAAGUCGUCGCCGAACCAGAGCCAGGUCCGAAUCCCGCGGAUCGACGUGGUUGCGGACUUCGUCCAGCGGCUGAACGAGCUGAAAGAGCUGGCGCUGGAGCGGAAGAAUGUGGACGUGGAGUUCAAGUUUGCGGUGGCCACGUCCAGUUCGUACGAAAAGGCGGAGAGGUACCUGAAACAAGCCCACCUGUUCCACCACUUCGACGUCGUGUUCGGGGGUGACGACGCCGAGCUGCAGUACCGCGUGGAAAGGCUGAAGCAGGUGGAACGAGCGGCCCCGGGCGCGUUCGACAUCAACUUCGCGUUGGAGAAGAAGCAAAUCCUGUGGCAGCUCGCCGCGGAAAAGCUCGGGGUUUCCACGAAGCAGUGCGUGGCCUUCGAGGACGCGGUGGUCGGGAUGGAGGCGGCUUACCGCGUCGGGUACACCAAGGUGUUCGACGUGCGGAACGAGCGCAACUACCCGCACUACAGCGCGUUCGUGCCCUUUUUCGAAACCGAAUACAAGCAAAUGUUCCAGCGGCUGCGGGACGGAUUCGUGGCCGAGAAGGAGGCCCUGGAAGGCCGGGAGUCGUUGAACGUUGUCGAGAAAAAGCAGCAGCUUGCACGCGCGGAGUUUUUCGACUUGAAGGUGGAAACGGUGGGCGAAGACAGUCUGCCGGCUCUCUUUCCUCAAGCGCUGGAGCGGCAACUGAUCUUCGUCGAAGACUACCUGAAGGAGGGGGAGGAACGAAAAUAAGUACAUGGAAUAGCGUUAGCGUGCUCCUUGAGUGUGCCUGUGUUAUCAGUAUGGUAAACUACGGAAUUCCUUGCUUCUAAUUCUAUCAACGAUUUUCACUACCACCGUUUCCAUUAGUGACACUGUGCGAUUUUCGUUUUGAUAGACAUUGACAUUGAUACUUGCACUUUUACUUGCUAAUUUCCUUAGCUUCGCUAGCAGGUGGCAAACGAAACCUAAUGACUUUUUGGCCAGCUUUAAGUCGAGCAGUGAGUGUGCAGGAACAAAAAAAGCAUAAGAUCACCACAUCUAAUGACUAUUUACAAAUCUAACGAUGGAUGUUGCUACAGCAAAGUACUGGAUUCUGGAUUUAGAAAAUCUAACGACCCCUUGUGCUCACAGUCACACAACUCUGAUGAACUUCCGCAACGCAAUUUUUGAAGGAGAAAGCAGUCUGGCCUCUCACCCGUUGAUGCCGCAGGAGGAGAACCAAGAAUGUGAACUGCUGAUGACUUUGGAAGUGGAAUAAUAUUUCCGAUCGUGGCGAUACUGCGCUUACGAGCUUCCAUUGUUCCGCACUACGCGUGGUAU